AUGCCAUCAUUCCGUAUCUCCCCAUUCGCAUCAUCUGUGUACCACAUUCAGGUGGACUGGACGCCGGAGCUUCACAGAAGGUUCGUGCAAGCGGUGGAGCAGCUAGGCGUGGACAAGGCCAUUCCUUCCCGCAUUCUCGAGCUCAUGUGCGUCAAGUCCCUCACUCGCCACAACAUCGCCAGCCAUCUCCAAAAGUACCGCUCGCACCGCCGCCAUCUCGCCGCGCGGGACGCGGAAGCCGCCAACUGGCACACCAACCGCGCACCCGCGGAUUCCGGCGCUUCUGCCGGCGCCUGGCCGGCUGGCGCUGCUGCUGCCGCUGCUGCUCCUGCGGGAACGCCUGGAGCAUCGGGAUCCACGUGGGGCCCUGGAGCCCCCCCUGCCGGUGCGGCCGUUAGCGGUGGUGGUAACCCCGCGAAUGCGGUAACAAGUGGCGUUCCGAGUGGCGUUCCCGGGAGCGUUUCGCAUGGCGUUCCGACGGGUCACCCUGCCGCCAUGAUGCCGCCUCGGCAAAUGGCCGGCAUGAUGCCGCCGUGCCCGCCUAUGCCAUUCCGCCAUCAGCCAUACGGCAACAUGCCGAUGAUGCAUCCGCAUCAAUCGUCGCCUGCCAUGAGCCCGAUGAUGCCGCACCCGCCGCCUGCCAUGGGCAUGCCGGUAUGGGGCCAUCCGACGACCGGGGGAGCGGCGCCGGGCGGUUUUCCGCGGCCGCACAUGUGGGGACAUAUGCAGCAGCAGCAACAGCAGCAGCAGCACUGUCAGGGGCAGCAGCAGCCGCAGCAGCAGAUGCAGCCGCGCGUGGCGGCGUACCCGCCUCCCUCGUGGCUGGCCGUUGAUGGUUCCUCCCCAUGGCACCACUACCCCGCGUUCCCCGCGGGUCCUCCGCCGAUGGACGCGUGGCCCCAUCCCGGCAUGCCAGCGCGCGGAAUGCCGUGCUUCCCCCCGCGCCAGCACCAGCACCCGCUCAGCUACCCCAUGCCACCCAACGGCCCUCCCAACGGCGCUGCCAACGGUCCUCCAGGCAUGGUCUGCGGCGCUCCUGUCUGUCCGCUUAAUGGCAUGCCGCCCAACGGCUAUCCGCAUUCCGCCGCGCCGCCCUCCGGAAGCCACGCGAACGGGGGCCCUGCCAUGAUGCCACCGCCCCCCUUCCUCGGGAUGCCCAUGAUGCCCGGCCUCCCGCACGCGCCCGGAUUCGGCCCCUCCCCGGCGCACGGGUGGGGCAUGGGGGCUAUGCUGUCCGGAGCGGCGGGCGGAGCGGGAGGAGGAGGGGUAGACGCGGGUGGCGCGGCGCACGUGGCGGACGAGGCGAUGCCGAAUCCCAUGUUUCCGCUUUCGGAUGAUCUGACGGUGGACCUUGCUGCGAUUUCGGCUAGCAUUGGCGACGACCUGCAUGAGGCGAACGACAUUCUCGACGCGGCCAUCAGCGAGGCGCUCACCAACCCCACCACACCGCUGCCGCUGGGCCUCAAGCCCCCUUCGCUGGACGGCGUUUUAGACGAGCUCAACCGCCAGGGCAUCCGCAUGCCCGCCUCCACCACUGCUGCCACUGCCGCCGCCGCUGGUGCUGGGGCUGUUGUUGCUGCUGACGCAGUUGCGGCUGUGAGUGGCAGCACUUCAAGGCAGCAGCUGGGUGAGUUGCAUCAGCAGCAGCAACAGCUAGGUGGUUUGUAG